AUGGAUGUAAAACAAGAAAUUAGCGAGGAAACGUUUAAAGUAGAAAUUGAAUAUAAUGAACUGGAUAAUGCUCUUUUCGAUGGCAUUAAGUGUGAAAUUCAGGAGGAAUCAAAUAGGGAAAGUAUACAUAAUACAUAUGAUUAUUUGGACUUAAAUAAAUCCCCCUCAAAUACUGAAAUAUACCAAUAUAAAGAUGAAAGUAAACUUAACCUAUUUGAAGAAAACCAAAAAACUGAAACAGGUUAG